CCGUGGUACUUAAAGGUCUCGCCAGUAGCGCUCUCGUCUUCACUGCCUCUCUGCUGACUGGACUGAGGUUCUGCAGUUGCUGCUGUAAGCCAGGACGUCUCAAGGCCAUCCCACCUGCCGCCAAGAUGUCCAUCGCCAACGCGGCGGCGCAGGCCAUGCUCUCCGACUCCCUGGUCAUGGAGGGGGGCGCGGACUCCCGGCUACGGGCCCUGGCCCUGGAGCUGCCCCUGGACCGCGUCAUCAAGUUCGUGUCGGUGGGGCUGCCCCUCCUGCUGGUGUCCAUGGCCUUCGCCCGCGAGAUCUCCACAGGCCCACAGAUCAGCUGUUUCCCGCCUCACAACUUCACCUCGAAGCAGUCGGCCUAUGUGGACACCUACUGCUGGGACUCCCUGAUGCAUCACGAGUUUGACAGCAGUGGGAAUUUCGAGGAGCGUUCACUGUGGGUGCACAAAAUGUUCCCCUACUCCCUUCUGGUGAUGGCGGUGAUGAUGUACCUGCCUGCUCUGUUCUGGAGGUUCCUGGUGAUGCCCAGCCUGGGUUCAGACCUGCUCUUCAUCAUCGACGAGCUUGACAAGUCCUACAACCGCUCGGUGCGGUUGGCCCAAUGCAUCCUGGAGCUGCGUCAGAACGCGCCGGAUCACCUGAACUUCGAGGCUGAGCUGCAGAGGGCAAAGCGAGAACGUUACUUUGAGUAUCCCCUGCUGGAGCGCUACCUGCAGUGCAAGCAGCGCUCCUGCUUCCUGGUGAGCAUGCUGUUCCUGCGCAGCCUCCUGCUGCUGGUCUUCAUCUCGGCCUCCUGCCUCUACCUUGUCUACUUCCACCUGUCAGCCUUCCUCCAGGACGAGUUCAGCUGCUUCGUGAAGACGGGCCUCUUGCGGGACGAGCCCUGGGUCCCCGAGCUGGUGCAGUGCAAGCUGACGGGGCUCCUGGUGUUCCAGGCCGUCAGCGUGGCCAACGGGGCCGUGUACGUCCUCCUGGUCCCCAUGAUCCUCUUCGGCCUGCUGCGCCUCUUCUGCUGGGACCGGAGCUUCCUGUCCGUCUAUGAGGUUCUCCCCGCCCUGGGCCUCCUCCACGGCCGGAAACUGGGCUGCCCCCUCAGUGACCUCAAUGUCAUCCUCCUCUUCCUGCGGGCCAACGUCUCCCAGCUGCGAUCUUACGGGCGCCUGCGGGCUGUCGGCACUCUGACGCCCAUGUUGCCCAGGAGGGGCAAAAAGCCCAAGAAGGGGGCAGGUGAAAGCAAGGAGGAGGAGGAGGAAGCGGCAGAGGAGCGAGAGGAGAGGGAAGAGGAAGCUCGGGAGGCCAGGGAGGAAGGAGAACAUACCCUGGUUGACAUCAUGGGUGUCCUGGCAGGAUCUGAAGGGGGCAAAGUGAACGGCACAGAACAGAAACCUCUGCCUGAUGACCAUCUGGGUCUGGAGCUCUCUAACCACCAGGGGUACCAUGAGUUGAAGGAGACACCAUCUUGUAGUUAUGCCUAAAGCGCCCAACAGUGGAUUGAACCAGCAGGGCUUCUAGGUGAAGCUCAGAAAGGUGCCAGCAUCCAUUUUUAUUGAUAAACUUUCUUUAUACCCACGCACAAAAAGCAAAUCAAAAUAAACUGUGUGAUUUUUAAACACUGGUGCCAUAAUCCCAAUUCGUGUUGGGUGCAAGGGAUUUUUUUUUCCCCAAGGAGAAAGCCUCCCUUAGAAUUAAAACUGGUUUGUUUUGUUGUUGUUGUUGGGUUUUUUUUUUCCCCCUCAUACGAUUUUAAUACGCUGUUUGUGUUUAAAAGUAUUUGUGCACAUUUGCUGACGCAUAGAGAGUUUAAGACUGUACUGAAGCUUUUGCAGAUGUAACAUUCUAAAUAAAAAAAAAAACCUUUAAAUCUUAA